CCAUGUCAGCAACAAUGCCACGUCAGCAGUGCCACGUCAACAACAGUGCCACGUCAGCAGUACCACGUCAGCAGUGCCCCGCCACCAUGACGGGCUCAGUUCUGGGCAUGCCAGGCCAACUGGCCAAUGAGUCCAUUGCCGAGUACCGACAACGUUUCGAAGCUCAGCUCGCACUGAUUGUGGCCGAGGAACAGCGUCAGGUGGAAGCCGAGGCUGCCCGCCUACAAGCUGAAGCGGCGGCAACAGUUGAAAAGCAGCGGCUUCAAGCCGAAGCCGAAGCAGAUACCCAGGCACGCCACAAGGAGGCCCAGGAUCUGUUACAGCGGCAUGAAGCCACCAGCAUCGAAAAACUCAAGUUUUGGCAUUUUGAACCAUCUGAGCAGCAUGACGACGCGACACCGGAAGAGCAGCACAAGGAGUUCCUGGCCAAACUCGUGACCCGGUUGGUUUACACUAGUAACCACCUGCAGUCCGAGCUGGUGAAUCUCCGACGGGCGGUGCGGAACCACAAGGAUCUGCACGAAGAUGCUACACGGGCACUUGAUUCCCGUGUACAGGACUUGGAGCAAUCUGCACCAAGACCAGAUGCCGGCGAGUCCAGCAGUGCACCCUCUACCCGCCAAUUGGAGGAACGAGUUGACCACGUUGUCGCAAUGCUCGACGACAUCAGCACCUUCGCUGCACCAGCCACCAUCAGCAAGCAACUGGACACCUUGAAGACUAAGGUUCAGCAAUUGCACCAGCUGCCCAACAAGGAUGGCAACACCACACACUGGCAGCACUACAAGAUGUCGACAUUCCGCAUCGAAAAGUUCGAUGAUUAUACGCAUCAAGACCCGGUCCCCUGGUGGGAGGGCUUUACGACGGAACUUCGGAUUCUUUUCGUCCCCGAGCACUCGUACAUCGGCGCGCUGUUCCUCAACUCAAAGGGCGGAUGCCAGAUCUGGCUUAGCCACCUGGCAACCAUCCACGGCGUCGACGUCGCCGAUCUGCACACAAAGAUUCCUUGGGCAGAUCCGACGAAGCUAUGGAAGAAGCGGUUCAUCGUGGACGAUGCCUCGACGCUCGCCAUCAACCGUCUCUUCACUAUGACGCAAGGCAACACAUCGACACGCGACUGGCUCACGGAAUGGCAAAAGAUCGCGGCAACGCCCGGUCUCGAAUUGCCAUUUUCUCAUCUGCGCCAGGAGUUCUACAACCGGUCAUGUGCCGCCUUGAGCCUUGCACUUGGUGAUCGCGAGCAAUAUGCGACCUUCGCCGAAAUCAUCGACAAGGCAAAGGAGGGCGGCUACACACGAGAAGUCGGCAUGGCAGCCAACCUAUUACCAACUCCGUUGAUGGAUGUCGGAGUAGAGGUUGUCGACCUUCACGCCUACAUUGCGAAGAUCGACCGCGAGUUCAAGACACAACGCCGGAGUUUAGACGAGCAUGUGGAGCACCUGCGCACCGUUUUGGAGCGGCUACAACAAGCCAAAUACAAAGUCAACCGCGACAAAUGCGAAUUCGCGCGGCGAGAGCUGGAGUACUUGGGACAUUAUGUGACACCGCAAGGCAUCCGUCCACUUGUGGACAAGAUCAAGGCCAUCCGCGUAUGGCCCGAGCCCACCAACACCACGGACAUUCGUUCAUUCAUGGGAUUGGCGGGCUACUAUCAACGCUUCAUCACCGGGUACUCAAGGAUUGUCGCACCUAUGACGAGAUUACAAUCUCCAAAGGUGCCAUUCGUAUUCGAUGAUGAUGCACGCCGGUCAUUCCAAGCACUCAAGAUGGCCAUGCUCAUGGCACCUGUCCUUAGCAUCUACGACCCCACCCUGGCAACAAGAGUGACAACCGACGCUUCCGGCUAUGGCAUUGGGGCAGUCUUGGAACAACACGAUGGCGACGACUGACACCCUGUGGAGUAUUUCAUCCACAAAGU